ACAAUUUAUAUAAAAAAAUCUUAUUUGAGAAAAAAUGAUGAAUGAUAUGUGGGAAUGCUUUAAACGGGAUCUUAAGUCUGGUAUUGGUGUGGUUGAGUGGAACCUACUGUGGAGGCGCUGGAAGUUUAGCAACGAAUCAGUGACUACAGUGUUCAAGAAGAAUGCCACUAAAAAUGGCGACAAAAUUGCCAUCAGAUAUAUGGAUGACAAGUGGACAUACAAACGGUUGGAUCAGUUUUCCUAUCAAAUUGCCAACUAUUUUGCUUCGGUUGCCGGACUUAAAGCGGGCGAUGAGGUGGCGAUUAUGAUGAAUAAUAAGCCCGAAUAUGUGGGCAUUUGGUUAGGUUUGAUCAAAGCCGGUAUUAUUCCCGCAUUCAUUAAUACUAACAAUCGUAUGGAUUGUCUAAUGGAUUGUUUGAAAGCAUUCAAUUGUAAAGCAAUUAUUUAUGACUUGGAGUACUAUUCAGCAUUGACUGAUAUCUAUGAUGAGCUAAACAGUGUCUAUCCGGCAAUGAAGUACUUUGUUUGGUCUAAGGAUCACAAUUACAAUGUGAUUGACAGUAACAACAAUACGGGUCCACCAAAAUUUGUGUCCGAAUCGUUUUGUCAGUACCUGAAAAAUCAUUGUAAAAACAGUCUGGAAGUGUUUCAUAAGCGUAACUUCAAAGACAUACUACUCUAUGUGUUCACAUCGGGCACUACGGGUGGUAAGGCAAAAGCGGCCAUAGAGACCGACGCACGGAUACUACUGGCCGCCAGUGGUCAGAAAAUUGGAUAUCGUUUACGCAAUUCUGAUAACAUAUACCUGCCAUUACCACUAUACCAUGCUUUCGGCGGAUUGCUAAUUGUUGCCCAAUGUCUUAUAAAUGGUAUAACUAUAACAAUUGCCGAUCGAUUUUCGGCCAGCAAAUACUGGGCAGAUUGUAUUAAACACGAGUGCACUAUCGGACUGUAUAUCGGCGAAACGUGUCGUUACCUUUUGGCUCAACCAUCCAGUCCUUACGAUACUCAACACAGUAUACGUGCAAUGUGUGGAAUAGGUCUACGCAAAGAGUAUUGGAACCAAUUCAAGACACGGUUUGCUAUCAGACAUAUCUUUGAGUUUUAUGGUGCAUCCGAAGGAAACGUAUAUUUGGUCAAUUUGAAUGACAAGGAAGGGUCCUGUGGUUUUAUACCAUACUAUUACUGGAUUUUUCUAAGAUUAAUAUACACAGGUUGUAUCAUUAAAGUAGAUCCCAUUACCUAUGAACCGGUGCGCAAUAGGAAAGGUCUGUGCAAAAUGAUUAAACCGGGAGAUAUCGGCUGUCUGGUUGGUGUUAAUAAAAAAAUCAGUCCAAUCUAUGUUUUCGAAGGCUAUACCAAUAAAAACGAGACAAAUAAAAAACUGAUUUAUAAUAUCAGAUCCAAUGGUGACUCUGGUUUUAUAUCGGGUGAUCUCUUAGAAAUGGAUAGAUAUGGUUAUAUGUAUUAUAAGGAUAGAAUUGGCGAUACAUUCAGAUGGAAAGGGGAAAAUGUGUCGACCAAUGAUGUUGAGGCUGUCUUACAAAACUAUGUUAACCUGAAAGACUGUACUGUGUUUGGAGUUACUGUUGGCAAAUGCGAAGGUAGGGCUGGUAUGGCUGUCAUUAAUGCCGAAGAAAAUGAGAUAGACUUACAAGAAUUGGCUCAACAAUUGAUUAAACGAUUGCCGCCAUACGCCAUACCAUUGUUUAUACGACUGUCCACUAACAUAGAGCUAACCGGAACUUAUAAACUGAUCAAAUAUAAACUCAGACAAAACGGUUUUAAACCACAAUUAACUGAUGAUUUAAUCUAUUAUUUUAAUCGCAAAUCAAAUACUUAUGAAAGACUAACCAAUGAUUUAUAUGAAUGUAUUGAAAGCGGAGAACUGAAUAAAAAUGAAUCACUCAAUGAUAAUGAUAACUAUGAAGUCAAACCCACUAUUUCCUGUGAAUCCGAUUACCAGCCAUUAGUUAGAGUUAUUGAAUGUGAUCCCAGUGUCGGUAUCGCUAGUCUACCCGAGCAACACGUGAAACGGGUGCUUAAAAACAAGAGCAUAGCUUUUAAUAUAAUGGUUUUGGGACAGACAGGCGUCGGUAAGACCACACUUAUGGACUCAUUGUUUAACACGUCGUUCGCCAACGAGUCAGCCCGUAGUCAUCAGUUGCCGGUUGAUGUGAUCAUCCAUUACUAUGAUCUUAACGAAAAGGACGUCCAUUUAAAACUUGGUAUCAUUGAGUCGCGAGGUUUUGGCGAUCAGAUUACCUGUGAUAACCCCUGCAAACCGAUAGUUGACUACAUUGUCCAACAGUUGAACAUCUCAUUUGAAGAGGAAAUCAAACUUAAAGUUCGUACUAAAAGACACGACACAAAAGUACAUUUGUGUUUAUAUAUGAUAUCACCCAUUGGUCAUGGAUUGCAAGCCAUCGACAUACAGACAUUGAAGGCGUUGGAUCUUUUAACCAAUAUUAUACCAGUGAUAGGAAAGUCUGAUCUGAUUAAUAAAGAGGAACUACAGCGACUCAAAAGCAAUAUCAUGUCUGACAUUGAGAAUAAUGGCAUUAAAAUCUAUAGAUUUCCUAUAACUGAGCCCGAAGUGGCCGAUAUUAAUAACAAAUGCAAUGAUUUGUUACCGUUUGCUUUGGUGGCCAGCAAUGACUUUAUUACUAUUGACGACAAACAAAUACGGGUCAGACAAUACCCGUGGGGUACUGUAGAAGUUGAAAAUAAAAGUCAUUGCGAUUUUAUGCACUUAAGAGAUAUGAUAUUAAAAGUCAAUUUGGAGGACAUUAGACAGACUCUUGAGGAAAGUCAUUAUGAAUGCUAUCGACGACACCGAUUGGAAACAAUGAUGAAAGCGCUACAAACUGACAACAGUUACGAAGUUAUUCGUCGUAUAGUAAUGGAGAAACUGGAGCCACGAUUGAAGGCCAAGGAAAAGGAGCUGAAAGCCAUCGAAAGCCAAAUACACCAGAAAUUUGAACAAAUAAACAAACAAAGAAUGGAUGAAAAAAUGAUAUUAGAUUUUGAUAGACAAAGACUCGAUGAAGAUAUCAGAACUCUUGAGAUUAGAAAGAAAUUGCUUAACAUUAAGUGUAAUAAUAAUCCAUCAAAAUCUAGUAAAACUAAAUAA